GUUUGAUAUCUGAUUAGAAGAUAGAAGCGGAGUUAAACAAAAGUAUGGAAGCAGGUAAUCCAGACGCGGCAGCAGGAAUCAACAGUCAAAAGAACAUGACUGAGGUAAAUGAUUUCCACGAUCACGGGAGAGCACGGUUUAAAAUUUGGACUGUUAAUAUGGAGACUGAAAAUGAAGAAUUGAGGGCCCAAGUUAAAGUCCUUCAAGACAACAAGGCCAUGUUGACUCAACAAAAUGGACUCCUUGGUGAAAAGCUGGCUCAUUUUGAGUCCUGGAGUAUGAAGAUGGAGACGCAUUUGAGGAUGCAAAUCAAAUAUCUUCAAGAAAACGAGGACAUGCUGAUUAAACAGAAUGAAAACCUCAAUAACGACGUAGCACAGCUGGAAAGGUGGGGUGUGAUGAUAGAGAAACAAAACCAAAACCUUCAGACACGCGUAAAAGUUUUGGAAGAAAAUGAGAAUCUCGCGAGUGAGAUGACAGAGAACAUCGUUGCUGAUUUAGCACACAGUGAAUCUCAGAGGGACAAGGAUCAAACUGAAAUGUAUCGGCUGAGAACAAAACUACAGACACUAAGGUGCCAAAUGGAAGAUCAGGGCAAACUAUUAUGGAGGCUCGAUCACGCUGAGUCUCAAAUGGAGAAAGCCUGGGCAGAGAAUACAAGGCUGAACAACAAACUGAGUGAACUUGUGGGUGAAGAUGCCUUUUUAAAUAAGCAGAAUGAGAUGGUUAUGGAAGAGCUGGGAGAUCAUACAUCUGUCAAAGAUGAACACCUUGAACAGAUAGCACAGCUUAAGGCAGCAGUCAAAGAUCAUCAUAUCCAAUUUGAGGAGUCUCAGUCUCUUCUCUCUGACAAAAAUGAGCUGUUAGAGAAGCAAAAGAGAGAAUUAGUUUAUCAACACGAAGUUAUAGAUGAUCUUAACUCUCUUGUUAGCAGUUUGAAACAAACAAUACUUGAUCUUCAGGGCCAGUUGGAACUUAAGCAGAUGGAUGUAAUAUUAACUGCAAGUAGUAGUUGUGGGUCCCUUGAGUAUGAAGAGGAUUCUGUCAGCGAAGACACGUUGGAAUUAAAGUCAGAGGUAACAGAUGAAAGCUCACAAAGGCAUAACGGUGAUGCCUCGAUCGAGCACCCAUCAGCUUUGUGUGAAUCUCCAAGUCUGAAAAUGCAAACAGACAAUGAAGAAUUGGGGACACAAGUUGAUGGUCCUAAGAAAAAUGAACUGUUUCAUCUUGAAUCAUGGAGUGCAAAGUCCGAGGUAACAAAUGAAAGCUCACAGAGGCAAAACGGCGAUGCCUCGAUCGAGCACCCAUCAGCUUUGUGUGAAUCUCCAAGUCUGAAAAUGCAAACAGACAAUGAAGAAUUGGGGACACAAGUUGAUGGUCCUCAGAAAAAUGAGGGACUGUUCUAUCUUGAAUCAUUGAGUGCAAAGUCAGAGGUAACAGAUGAAAGCUCACAAAGGCAAAGCGGUGAUGCCUCGAUCGAGCACCCAUCAGCUUUGUGUGAAUCUCCAAGUCUGACAAUGCAAACAGACAGUGAAGAAUUGGGGACACAAGUUGAUGGUCCUCAGAAAAAUGAGGAACUGUUUCAUCAUGAAUCAUGGAGUGCAAAGUCAGAGAUAACAGAUGAAAGCUCACAAAGGCAAAACGGCGAUGCCUCGAUCGAGCACCCAUCAGCUUUGUGCGAAUCUCCAAGUCUGAAAAUGCAAACAGACAAUGAAGAAUUGGGGACACAAGUUGAUGGUCCUCAGAAAAAUGAGGAACUGUUUCAUCAUGAAUCAUGGAGUGCAAAGUCAGAGAUAACAGAUGAAAGCUCACAAAGGCAAAACGGCGAUGCCUCGAUCGAGCACCCAUCAGCUUUGUGUGAAUCUCCAAGUCUGAAAAUGCAAACAGACAAUGAAGAAUUGGGGACACAAGUUGAUGGUUCUCAGAAAAAUGAACUGUUCCAUCUUGAAUCAUGGAGUGCAAAGUCAGAGGUAACAGAUGAAAGCUCACAAAGGCAAAACGGUGAUGCCUCGAUUGAGCACCCAUCAGCUUUGUGUGAAUCUCCAAGUCUGAAAAUGCAAACAGACAAUGAAGAAUUGGGGACACAAGUUGAUGGUUCUCAGAAAAAUGAACUGUUCCAUCUUGAAUCAUGGAGUGCAAAGUCAGAGGUAACAGAUGAAAGCUCACAAAGGCAAAACGGUGAUGCCUCGAUCGAGCACUCAUCAUCAGCUUUGUGUGAAUCUCCAAGUCUGAAAAUGCAAACAGACAAUGAAGAAUUGGGGACACAAGUUGAUGGUCCUCAGAAAAAUGAGGAACUGUUUCAUCUUGAAUCAUGGAGUGCAAAGUCAGAGGUAACAGAUGAAAGCUCACAAAGGCAAAACGGUGAUGCCUCGAUCGAGCACUCAUCAUCAGCUUUGUGUGAAUCUUCAAGUCUGAAAAUGCAAACCGGCAAUGAAGAAUUGGAGACACAUGUUGAUGGUCCUCAGAAAAAUGAGGAACUGUUUCAUCUUGAAUCAUGGAGUGCAAAUGUGAAUACAAAUAAUGCAAAUUUGACAGGACUAGUUGAAGAUCUUUGCGAAAACAAGGACAGGCUGACAAAUCAGCUGUUUAGUGACAAGGUGGCUCAUCUUGAAUCCUUGCGUGCCACAGUGAAUACAAAUAAUGGAGACUUGAAGGCACAAAUUGAAGAUCCUUCAGAAAAUGAAUUCAUCUUCCAUGAAAAGACAGAGGAGACUAUCAUUGCUGAACUGUCUCACUCGGAAUCUCAACAAGACAAGGAUAAUAUUGAUAUUUAUGAAAAACACCUUCAAGAAAACAAUGUCGGACUGCCCAAGCAGAACAGGCAAAUCAAUGAAAAGCUUGCUCACCUUGAAUCCUGGGGUGCAAAUGCGGAGACAAACAUUAGAGAUUUCAAGAUGCAAGUUGAAGAUCCUAAGGAAAAUACUUUAAAGGACAAAAGGAAGAGCACCACUGAAGAUUUGGCCUAUUUAGAAACUCAAUGGGCAAAUGAUAAUACUGAGGUGUAUUCUCCUAGAACAGGCGCACAGGUAUUUUGGUGUCAUUUGCAAGAUCAAGGGGACCUAAAGACAAUGGUAGAUCAUGUAGAACCUUUAAUGGAACCGGAGUGGACAGAGAGUGAAAAGUGGAGCAACAAACUGUCUGAGCUCUGUGAAAACCAAAGCAUUCUAAAAAAGAAUGAUAUCGUUUGUGAAGAGCAAGAAGACCAUAAUAAUGUUGGAGAUCAGCCGAAGACAGUAUUAAUAGAUCAUAAGUUCAGAGUUGGGCAGUCUGGACGUCUCCUCCUCUAUACUCAAGACAACACGUUAAUAAAGCAAACCAAAGAAAUAGAUAAUCAACAUAGAGACAAAGAUGGACAUAGAGCCCUGUUUUCUACUUUAGGGCAAACAAUUCUUAACUUUAAACAAAGAAUGAUACGGAUCGAAGAAAUAUUAACUGGAAAUAACUUGGAGACUCUGCCUAAGGAACAGCAUGUUGACAGAGGCCUCAACUCUCCAGACCACAUUGGAUAAUAACUUGUUUGAAAUGUAUAUUGACAUCAGUCACUUCUGUGGAGGCCUAGAUUCCUGGAACUGUCCACCUAUUAAGGAGACAUGUUUAGUUCUCUGUCAAACAUGGCUACAAAGGUCACUGUGUUUUUUGGUUGGUCUAUAUAACUUCUGGUGUUUGUUCAGUUAGUUUUUAAAUAUUACUUGCUAUGAAUACACAUUUUAAUGUCCAACAAAUAUCUGUCAUGUCAAUGUUUUUUACUAGCAUAUGCAUAAGAAAUGUGGUCUUGGUCUUAAUUCUGAAUUUUACGUAGGAGCUCCCCCACCAACUCAAAUCUGAUUAGUCAAGCUCUGCCCUAGUUUUCAAGUUUACCGUAUUGCUCUGUGCAAGGGGAUAACUGUAAAGAUGAGUAUAAAGAGGAUCAAGAAUGCAUUAAAGCCCAGAGUAAGCUGACCACUGACAGUCACCUUGGUUAAACGUGCCUUUAAAGUGCACAUUGCAAAAUAUUUUAAUAUGCAGCGUUAAUAUGUCUUGUGUUUACUUUUUAAAAUGUAUUUAUCCCAAGAAGGCAAUUGACUGUUUUCAUAUUUUAGUAAUAACCUCAGUUAAUUUAUCAUAUUUACCUUUUGGUCACAUAAUGGGGGAUUUAUGUAGAUGAUUUAUGCUGUAAAGAUAGACAUAAGUCUCCUUUUAUUGCACCGAUGGAAACAACACAAACCAGUCAAUCCAGUUUCUCUGCACUUGAUUGGUAUUCAUUGUGCUGCCUAAUGACGGAUGAAAUGCAAAGAAUCUGCUGGCACAAUAAUUUGACAUCACUGUAUUUGUACGGCUUAGCUCAGUCCACCUAGUGCAGUCAGAUUCCAGUUUUCCCCCAAAAGAUACAUUCUAAAGACUGAAUCAUUAGUUUCUUGAUGUGAGGAAUGAGGAUUACAAAAGUACACUUGCACAUUUACACCAGCUGGAAUGAGUUACAUCUGUCAAAAGGUCUGGGGUGCAUAUAUAUAGUAAUCAACCUUGAGGACACCACACAAGCCAUUGCACAUCGUACACUUUAAGACUACAUUUACACUGCAGGCCAAAGUGGCCCAAAUCUGAUUUUUUUUUCCAAAUCGGAUUCUCCCACCUGACUAAUAAUACUGCGAGUAAAAUGUUAUCUUUAUCCAUACUUGCCAAC